CGAAUCUUCUAAUGGAAAUCAAAUCAAUGAUCAGCCAUCUACGUCGUCCUCGGCCAUACCGCUUGUAUUUUGCCCUGAUACUGUUCGGCCUUUCCCAAAGGCUUCUCAAAGAAAAUUAAGCGGCCGCAGAACCAAAAAAUCAACCAUAUACACAGACACCCCUGAAAAAGAGGCAGUGAGACGGGAAUAUGAAGAAAAAGAAAGACGAUUGAAGGCUAAACAGGUGAAGAAAAAUUUCAAUGAAUCAACAGGGAAAGGAAAAGGAAAAGGAAAGGGAAAGGGAAAGGGGAAAAACAAAGACAACAAACCUAAGAAAACUCCAACACCAAUGUCAUCUGAUGAGGAGGAGUCUUUCUGUCUGGUAUGCGUGGGAUCAUUUUCUGAUAGCAGAUCUGGCGAGAAAUGGAUACAAUGCCAAGGAAAAUGUAAAUUAUGGUCCCACUUGGAGUGUACAGAUGGUAGUCGUCAUUAUAUUUGCCACAACUGUGAGGACUCCGAUUAGAUGACUACAAAAAAUUUGCGUUCCUAAUUUAAAAUUGAAGAUAUUAUAAAAACAUUUCCAUGCAUCUCUUAGUAAAGUAAGACUAAUGUUCCUAAUUAAAAAAAACUUUGAAUGUGAUAUAGAUUAAAAUAAUUAUAUGGUAACUUCUGAAGUGACUGUUAAGUUGUUAAGAAUGAAAGAUAUUUUUCUAUUAAAUAAGUUGCUUGUGAUACUUAGCAUUUAUAAGAAUUACCUAAUUGCUAUUUUGUUUGUACUGAUUAUUGACUUUGACUGAUUUAAGACUGAUUAUAGUUUGUACUAUGAUUAUUCGUAAUAAUAAGUAGUAAAUGAAAGUAUAACUUCGAUAUUGCAGAUAAUAAAAGUUAUUGGUGAUCA